UUAGAUAUGAAUACAUAAAUAAUUCUAUUUGCAAACCUAAACACGCACAUCCAGCGUUUCGGGCCGAUUGAUUGUCGAUAUAACGGGUCAAAGUCCCGAAAAACAGGCGUCGGUGUUACCGAAAUAUCCAGAAAACACGGAAUCCGCUUUGAAUCUCGAUAUGGAGGGACUUUAAUGCCUUUAGCGUUAGCCUGUUAGCUUGGACUGCAUGUGUGUGUGUUUAUAUCAACAAUAACACACGCUCAUCCACAUUCACCACUUGAAUACGAAUAUUAUUGACAUAAUCGACGACUGAUGCUGUUGAAAAGUGAAGCAGUGAAGGAAGCUGCGGGAUCUUCAGGGAUGUAGUGUUUGUUUAGACAGGAGCGCUCAGGCAACGUUGCACGACCGAUACCGGAGUUGGAGCAUUUCAGGCGUCCGCAAUGGAGAAGACCGAGAAGAGGCCUGGAUACUUCGCCAGGCUGAAGAAGAAGCGGCAGAGCCAAUCAGAGAAAGCAGAUGCAGAGCAGAACCAAUCAGAUUUGGAAUCCAAGACGCCAGUCAUCCGUGAGCCCGCUCCUAUUGGUCGAUCUCAGGAGAGGAAUGCAGAAAGAGCGAGAGGAUCAGAUGACAACAGCAAACCAUGCAGCCAGACCAAGAAAGAGAAAAGUAAACCUCCAGGAACCGUGCAGUUCACCGUCGGACCGAAGGACACUCUGAACAGCAUCGCUCUGAAGUUCAACAUCACCCCGAAUAAACUGGUGCAGCUGAACCGUCUCUACUCGCACAGCGUCGUACCUGGACAGAAACUGUUCGUUCCUGAUCUGGACCAAUCAGACGGCUCCUCUGAGCAUCUCACAGCGUCAGAGUCGUCAGAGAAGGAGCCUAAGGACAGUGAAUCGAGCAGCCGGUCCAGACGGCCCGUGUGUAGAGAGACGUCACCCCUGUCUGAAGACGAGAGUCCGGCCACCGUCAAAUUCAUCAAGAUGAGCUGCAAGUACUUCACUGAUGGCAUGGGAGUUGUGGGAGGAGUGAUGAUUAUAACGCCCAACAACAUCAUGUUUGACCCGCACAAAUCUGACCCGCUGGUGAUCGAGAACGGCUGUGAGGAGUAUGGUCUCAUCUGUCCCAUGGAGGAGGUGCUGUCUGUGGCCCUGUAUGACGACGUGUCCCGUAUGAAGCUCAAGGACGCGCUGCCGUCUGAUGAACCCCAGGAUCUCUGUCCGUUAUACAGGCCUGGCGAGUGGGAGGAGCUUCCCUCCGAACGAGAUCUGAACCCCUUUAGUCGUUACGAGGCUCUCGGCGCGCCCAACCAGCCAAUCGUGUUAGACGAUAUCGAAACGGCCAUCUCUGAGAUAUCAGAGUGCCAGAUCGCUGACAAAUCGCCGUCGGACGAAGGUUUCACCGAACUGGAGCUGCUGCAGAGCGACUCUAACACCACCUGCUCUGGCCAAGAGGGGGCGCCACUACAGGAGCAACGAAAGACGCCAACGGACAAAUCCGUGACUGAGGAAGACGAAGAUGAAGGCCUUCACAACCGUUCCACAGAGCUUCCCGACAGGCUGGACGAACCCACGGCACUGGUGCAUGAUGGGAAGGAAGCUGUCAUAGAAGUGGAGGAGGUGACCAAAACAAGGGGUGAAACGUUAGUAAAUGGAGUCUCGGCAGUCGAGGCGACCGCAAGCGACCAAAAAGGGAAGACGACCCUAGAGGACUCUGGGAAAUGUAGUUCGCCUGGACCAAAUGUUGAGGAUAAUAAGGGACCAAACUCGGACGCACAGCUUUCUGAAGCGGAGCUGCGCAGACGGGCCAGUGAGGCCGAGAUGAAGUCAUGGCUGCUAAAAAGAAUGCAGAGACCAAUCGAAGACAUGCUGCUGUCCAAUGAAGAAAAGAGCAAAGCUCCGCCCAUGUUCCUCUGCUUUAAGGUGGGGAAACCAAUGAGGAAGUCCUUCGCCACUGGUCGGACGUCUAGCCCCGCCCACUCGUACAUUGGCAGAGGGCGGCAGCCGGAAUAUUGGUUUGCUGUGCCUCAAGAGAGAGUGGACCAACUGUACUCGUUCUUCAUCCAGUGGUCUCCAGACACUUAUGGGAAAGACGCUCAGGAGCAGGGCUUUGUGGUCGUGGAGAAAGACGAGCUCACCAUGAUCGACAACUUCUUCAGUGACCCGGUUCCUCGCAGCUGGGAGAUCAUCACGAUUAAUGAGGCCAAGAGACGCCAGAGCUUCAGCUUCGAGGACGAGGAACCUCUAGAGCUUCUUCCUGUUCUGAUGGACGCCAGUGCUCUUCUGGAGGACACGCACAUUGAGAAGUUGUCCACUCGUUUGCCGGCCCGUGUUCAGGGCUAUCCGUGGCGUCUGGUCUACAGUACAGUGGUACACGGAACCAGCCUGAAAACCCUGUACAGGAACCUACUGGAGCUGGACUGCCCUGUGCUGAUGGUCAUCAAAGACAUGGACAACCAGAUUUUUGGAGCGUUUUCCACUCACCCUUUCCGAGUGAGUGAGCACUGUUAUGGUACAGGAGAGACCUUCCUCUACAGCUUCUGCCCAGAGAUCAAGGUUUACCGCUGGACGGGUGAAAACUCAUACUUUGUGAAAGGAAACACAGAUUCCCUUCAGAUCGGUGGAGGAGGGGGUCGUCUGGGCCUGUGGCUGGAUGCCGACCUUUACCACGGCACUACGUCCAAAUGCUCCACCUUCAACAACCUGCCACUGUCCUCCAAACAGGACUUUACCAUCCAAAAUCUGGAGGUGUGGGCCUUCGAAUGAGCGCCUGCGUCGCACGCAAACGUCCACACGCUAACGUACCCAUGCGCACCAAGAGACGCCACGCCACGCUCACAGCAUGAUGACAUACAAAGAACCUACUUGACGCUUUAUUCCCGUACUGUACGAGGCUGUUUGUGUGAAUCCAGUCCUACUUGACCACGUGGUUUUACUUGGUUUCUCCUAGUCUGAGCCUAGUUUCCUAGUCUGACUAGAGCGCACAGAGAGAAGUUCGUGGCAGCGAUGCCGCCCACAGCUAUCCCAGCAUGCAAUAUUCUCUAUAGAGAUGUUCUCCUGCUGAAAUAUAACCAAUAUAUAAACACAUAUGUGUAUGUGAACGGUGAGGGCUGUGUAUGAUAUUUGGGAAGCGUUCAAAGCCGAAAACAUAUACGGUGGCCAAAUCUGUUGCUUCAAGGCCAUUUUCUCGAAUCGUAUUCUUGGUUUACAUCGUGGCGAUUUGAUGCAUUUAGUUGGUGUAUUUUCACGUUCGUUUGACGAGUGCGCAAGUAAAUGCAAAUAUGUCCACGAAUUGGUUUUGUUGACCAAAGCAUUUUAUUUGCCUUGUUCUCCAGUGUUUUAUAUUUCGUUUUUUUUCUUUUUCUAUUUGAGUGUUUUUUUUUAUUGGACGUGACAUAUAAUCAUAUUCCUACCCGACAAUGGUUUUACUGUUUUGUGAAAUUUUAGGGACCUUUUCUAGUUCAUUCGAAAGGGAAGCACUUGAAAUGAUGCCAGUAUUACUCGUGAACACUAUGGUAAUCGCACGCCUGAUUUCAUUAACCGAGUUGCAUCAGUUUCUGGCAAAUCAGGUUCACCACUUCACUGUGGGUUUGUGUAUGCAAUCACUGACUGAUGUCACUUCCUGUUAUGCGGUAGCACGACUGUAUAAGGAAAGUGUGAAAAGAUGCACGGUGCAAAUUCCGUUCUUGCUGUUGGAGGCUUGAUCGGUUGCACAGCUCUUUGAAAGCAUCCGCUUAUUUCACUACGAGACCACUUCAGUGGGCAUUAACUAACAGUGUCCAUUCCAAAUCCGCAUUACAUGGUCCAUUAGGAAAAAAAAAAGUUUACAAGUGUUUCAAAGUGUCUCUGAUUUCAAACACUGUCCAGUUGUGUAUGGUAACCAGUGAAUGUCAUAUUUAUUGUGUAUUUCUGUGUUUUAAAGUGAACCAAAUAAAUGCAAUAAAUGA